AACUUCCGGAACCGCGCUGUUCAUUUGGAAAUAUAAAACCCGAGCCAACCAUCGCGCAGGAGACGGACACGACUAGCCAAUCCCUGUGUAGGAGGCGGGAUUUUGUGGAAUAAGGACUGGAAAGCUCCAGUGUGAGGGAGAGUCAGUAGAAGUAGAGUCGGUGUUAGUCUGUAGUGAGGUAAAUAAGCACAGGGUUAAUGGAUUUAUAUUAUGGACGUAGUGCUGAUCAUAUUCACACAAUCUUACACUUAUUUAUUAAAGUCAGCGAGCAGUCUUAAGCAGCAGAAAUGGAUUAUAGACGCAAGAGAAAGCUGACGUUUAUUACAAUCGGACUGAUUUUCCUGCUGAGUGGAGUGGAAUAUGCGGUGAUUUUACCUACUAUCUGGCGUUUCCUGCAGACGCUGGAUGCUGCUCCGUAUUUUCUGGGUCUCAGUCUGUCAGCGUUCAGCCUCAGUGGCCUGCUCUCAGGUCCGUUAUUCGGCUUCUGGUCCGACAGAACACACGGCACCAAGAAGAUCAUCUUAUUCGCCAACUGCUUUGAAAUCAUCGGUAAUUUUAUGUAUUUUAUAGGAUUUUCAAAGUGGCUGCUGCUGGGCAGUCGUUUUGUUGCUGGGAUUGGGACCGGAGCCGGUUCGUCUAUUUUUGGUUUCUUGACGAGAAUCACGGCACCUGAAGAUCGGUCCACUGUGUUCGCUGCUGUUAUGGCCUGCAGACAAGUUGGCCUCCUGAUUGGUCCUGCGUUCAACAUUUUCCUCAGACUGUGUGACUUCCAGCUUGGACCGUUCGUGGUGAAUAAAUACACUGCUCCCGGGAUCUUCAUGUGUGUAUUGUGGCUGCUGCUGCAGCUCAUUGUGUUGCUGAUGUACUGGGAUCUCAGUGGAAGGAAUGAGGGAUCAGAAGAAGAGAAACAGGAAGAGGAAGAGAGGCUGCUGGUUCAACCCAAUGAUCUGCCUGAGUCAUAUGGAACACUCCCUAACUCGCCUGUAAUGGACCAGACCAUCGCUAAUGGCAACUUGACUCCGCCCUCUCCACCUGUUGAACAGAUACAUUCCAGCCCUUUCAAACACUUCAGUGCUGCACGAGAGUUUCUGAGAGAGGAGGUGGUGGUGCUGCUCACAGCUCAGUUCAUCACACUGUUCAACCAGACAGCACUGGAGACGAUGGUGACUCCGCUAACGCAGCAGUACUUUAAUUUCGGGGAAUUGGAGAACAGUGUGAUGUACUGUGUGUGUGGAUUGGAGGUGAUUACCGGCUUCAUCUUCGUCCGCUGGAUCAGCACAAAGGUAGAGGAGAGGGUGGUGCUGUCCAUUGGCGUCUUCCUCGCCAACAUUUCCUGUGUCUGGUGUAUCAUCUUCCUUGCUAACCCUCAGGGGGGGUUCUCGUGGCAAUUAACCGAGUUCAUCAUCGGCGUGUUCCUGCAGGUUCUGGGUCUGCCCUUUAUCGCCGUCGCUCAGGUGUCUCUCUUCUCCAAAGUGACUGCUGAGAAAACACAGGGUUUCAGUCAGGGAAUUCGGCGCUCUGUUGGAGGUUUGGCCACUAUUCUGGGUCCGUUAUGGGCUGGAAGUUUGACCUCUAACCUUUAUGUGAUGCUGGGAGUGAUGAUGGUCUUACUAGCACUGCUUACUAUUAUGAUGGCUUUCUCAUACAAGAGGCUUGUCGCUUGCACUACAGUGGAGCAAACUGAGGAAUGAGACACGACCCAGAAGGGAUUGUAUUUAAGGAAUGACGUUUAACACGCUGCUUUGGAAAAGAUAGUGUGUUAUUUCCUGUACAGACUGCAGUAGAGGAGACGUGGAAUGAACAAGGUGUACAACAUGCAGUGACCAUAAUAUUUAUAAAUGUAUAUCAUUUAAAUGCUACACUGAAAUCCAGAGCAAUAAUGUUAUAGAAUCCUUUUUUUUCCAUGUGCUGAACACAUGAACACACACACAGCACACACUGAUACACUCACAAUAUCCAGGUUUGGUAUAUUUUAAAACCUUAUAUUGCAAAUCUGUUCUAACAUAAUUCUAUAAACAUACCCAGUUCUUCAUGAGUUGUUUUCAUUGGUUAUGAUUAGCUCUAUCCCUUGUACUCCUCUGGAGCAGUCUUGACCCCACCACUUUAGUUUUCUGAAGAUGUCCUCUCUCGAGACAUCCAUCUUUCCCAACACCCUCUUGGCUGUCUUCAGCCAUCUACUUGGCCCUGCCCUCUUAGUUCUAUGAAGGCAUCCACCUACUACUACCUUUAUCCCUCUGGAUCCAGCCUCUUAGCUUUCAGGAGCCAAUCUGCUGAUCCUGUCCCCUCAACUGUUUCACCUGGCCCCAUCCCCUUAGCUCACUGGAUCCAUCCACCUGACCCCACCCUCUUACCUUUCUGGAGACAUCCACCUGGCCCCAUCCAUUUUUCUUUCUAAGGCACCCACCUUUCUUUGCCCACUCUGGUCUGGUAUUUCCCUGCCCUCUUAGCUCUUUAGUGCCAAUCUGUUGCCCUGUACUUUAGCACUUUGACCAUCUCUUUGCCUUAGCUCUUUGGAGUCAUCCACCUGGCCUCGCCCACUCUUCUCUUUGGAUUUGAUCUGUAAAUGAUGAUUAAUAAUCACAAAAUGAAACAUUGUAAAGAAGUAAAUCAGGAUUAUGAUGAGGGACUUAUGAAACCUGGGUUACAGUCAUGGUUGUGAAUUUAUUUUUCUUUUACAAAUCUGUUUAAGGAUUAUUGAUGACGACUUACAUUGUAAGUCAUCGUUGUAUUUAAAUGUUACUACACUGUGUAGAAUUAGGAAUCUCCUAAAAUUACUAAAAUACACUAAAACAAAGUACAAAAGAAAGACUUUUUGGACAGAAAUACUUCUUUCCAGUGAAGGCAUGAAGUAAAAACUCAUGCCAUGUCCUAUAGCCUCUGUCCCAAAUGUAUUACUUUUCUACACACUACAUGUGAAAGUGUGUGAUUGACACUGUAUCUCAUCUUAAUUCUGACAAUACUGAAAUGUAUUAUUAAAAGAUGAUCUGUCAAACUCCA